AUGAGAGGGAAGGAAGAAGAAUAUGAGUUUAAUUUCCCUCACUACACGCCCUCACGUGCGGAAUACGACACCUCUGCUAUGGUGUCUGCCCUCGCUCACGUGAUAGGAGGUGGUGGCGCUGGGGCAGGCGAGCUGGCCGCCGGUGAAGCCAUAAACUCAGCAACAGAUUUGCCUUCUGAAGCACAAGGCCACGAGAAGGAGAAGAAAAGACACUUCAGAGGUGUCAGGCAAAGGCCAUGGGGAAAAUGGGCAGCAGAAAUCCGAGACCCAAACAAAGCAGCCAGAGUUUGGUUAGGCACGUUCGAAACCGCAGAAGACGCAGCCAUGGCUUAUGAUAACGCUGCUCUGAAGUUCAAAGGCAAAAAAGCAAAGCUCAAUUUCCCUGAAAAAGUUCCAAACGGUAAUUUAUUCCUGAAUAAUAGAGGUGUAAUAUCACAGCAGAAUGAUCAAAGCUCAAUUACUGCUUCUGAUUUAGUGCUUUAUGAUUCCCAAGCUUCGACGAUUUCUUUUGCUAGUUCUUCACAAGAUUACUUUACAUCAGAAGUCAUGCUAAACUUUGGGGAUUAUAGUUCAGGUUCCAGUUCAGGUUCCAGUACUUCUUGGCCUAAGAAGUCUUAUGGUGAUAAAAGAGGCAAGGAUAUUCUAUAG